AUGGUCGGCGGCGAAGCUGCUCCGGCACAGUGCCAUAAACCAAACUUCCGAGCCAAAGAAGCCUGCAUUACUUGCAGGUCCCGGAAAGUACGGUGUGACGUCUGCUUUCUCGGGGCGCCCUGUACAAACUGUGUUCAUGCAGGCUUGAACUGCCUGUUGCACAAGAAGAAGCACCAGCGCAAGGGAAUUGUACCUGCCACAAAUAUCUACCCACCGAACGAAAGAUCAACAAAGCAACUGCCAGAGUUCACCCCGACUGACGCGACGCCGGUUGAACAAGCCUCACAUUCGGGCAGUGUGGCCGACGAUUUCACAGCUUCUUUUACCGGGUCGAGGCACAGAAGUCCAUCCACCCUCGAGGAGCGUGGGAAUGGAAGCAACGUUGACCUAUCGAUACCGGAGUUUGUCUUUUGGCACGCCGAGAAGUUCUCGACUGCGCAAAGGGAGCAUCUCUCCAGGGCGGGAGCAUUGUCACUGCCGGAUAUGACAGUCUUGAGCCUUCUUCUCGAAACCUACAUCGACUGGGUCCAUCCGCAACUGCCCUUUCUCGAACUGAGCAGGUUUCUCUCUGCUAUCAGCUCCAAUGGCCAGACCUCGCAGCUCAGUGCUCUGCUGCUGCACGCCGUGCUUUUUGCUGGCGUCUUGUAUGUCGAUGUCGAGGAUCCGGUGUUGACGGAACUGGGCGGCAACCCGAGAGACCUCAGGAAUACCCUGCGAGCUCGAGCAAAGGUCCUGUACGAAGCUGGUUACGAGCAAGAUAGGCUGAGCCUCAUGCAAGCAAGCCUGCUUCUCUCCUUGGAUAACUACAUUGAGGUCGAGGUCAAUCAUGACAGCAAAUUCUGGCUGGAUAUCAGCUUGAUGACAUUCCGAGAUUGCACGGCUCUACAACCCGACAGAGAACUUUGGGAUCCUCCAUCUCGUCGACUGUGGUGGAGCCUCUACGUCGUCACCAACACCAUGGCCUUCCGCGAAGGAAACCAUAGCGCCCCCGAAUUUCAGAGCCGUGCAAUGGGAUCCCCUAGCAUUGCCAAGUUCGGCUCUCUGGUUAACACGAAAGUGACUUGGCCAAAUCUCCCGGGCAACUCCUUCCUGAAGCAGCCAUAUCUGCAAAAGCUCCUGGCCGAGAUAUUCAUCCAUCGAUUAAGACUUCAAAAUCUAAUAUCGAAAAUUAUGGAAGAAGCAGCCGCCUUGGGGCUGAACCGAGAGACAAUCGGACAAAGCGAGGCAGGGGAACGUCAGAAGCAUCGUCAAGACUUUGCGAGGUUGUUUUCCAGAUGGGAUUCCGAACUCGACAAAUGGUGGUGCGGACUUCCAGAUUAUGCCUCCGAUCUCAAGUCGGGUUUCCACUCUGGUGAUACCAUGCCGUCUCGGCUCCUUUCUUUUCACGUUGCAGUUACGGGGACGGAGUUUUUCAGCAUUUGCAAUGCUAUUUACAAUCUGUUGAUGAACAUUGAGGAUCCCGCUUCCUUCAGCAUUCUCGCCGUCAAACAUAAGAAAAGCAUGAAUUCUGCAAAACUCCUCGACAUAAUCAGCGCAAUGGACGAACGAGAUCUCCCGCGAUAUCUCCUGAAUCACGGCCUUGUCAUGGUAGAAUGGGCGUUACAACAGAGUCUGAGCUCCUCAUACCUGUCCACUGCUUCAAAAGAGGUCUCUAAGCUACUCUUGUUGGUCAAGAAGAUUUUGGACAUCCGCGUUGCCACGGGACGGGACAGUAAUCCCCUGACCCGAUUAAUGAAGAGCCGGGCCAAAGACUCGACAACGGCAGUUGGCUCCACCUCCGGAAGCCCUGGUGAAUCCAGCCCUCUCAUGGACCAGGAUCGCGAAAUUACUACCGAGAUCCGUGUGGAAUCACCGUAUUCAGCUUUGCGGUCGUCAUCGGAAGCCUCAAUCCCUAGCGAAACACCAAUCGAUUGCGGCAAUACUACGGAGGACCUCGAUGCUCUAUUCUCGAGCUGUAACGGCUAUGCUCUCGACGACGAUUUGAUGUCCCCUUGCGAUGACAUCGACUGGUUCAAGGCCUAA